AGCUUGAACUAAAGCACACCUCUAUGGCUCUGAAGAUUACAGUACUCAUGUAUCACGUAAAGCUAGGGCCUCUCCACCUUCGUAUGCGCUUGCAACGACGGCGUUUUGGCAGUAACGCUCGGUUGAACCCACUUGCCGAAGUGCAGGCUUCGAUUCCAGGCCCGCCACGCUCUAUCUUAGCUUGUAUCCUUCCCGUCGCAUCGUAUUCCCUUCCAACGAACCGAGACUGGAGCUCGCUGCUGCUUGGUCUAGGAACCGGCGCUGAUGGACUCAUGGAGCAAUGGGGAGGUGGUGGGCCUGAUCAGGUUUUUC